AUAGAAAAGACAUAGAUGUGGCAUAACCCUGCGGGUGGAAGCCGUCCUGGGAGGGGUGCCGAGGUACACUGAGCCUACUUGUGAUUGGUUACUAUUGAAAGCAAGCGCAGUGAUGUAAAAGUGCUAUGUAAGCUUCGUCACGGGUCUAUCGUUCCAAGAGAACCAAUCAUGUUAAGGCAUGGUAAGGGAGGGAUCAGCUUGAAUUUGAUUGGUUAUGCAGCGAACUCCGCCCCCCCUCAUUUUGCCACACGGCCCUUGCCUAAAAUAUCAGUUUAUGCUACAUCUAUGUCUUUUCUAUAGCAAUGAAUUAAGUUAGCUUAUUCCGUUCAAAUCUCGUUUUUAAUUGGUGAAGGGCCGGUUCCACAAACAUGGUUUAUCGUUUAAACUUCUUUUAUCUUCAAAAUACAAAUUUCUGAUUGGCUCAUAGUGGAGAUAAACCGAGUUUAAACAAUAAACCGUGUUUGUGGAACCGUCUCUAACUCUAUUUCAACCCUGCACGGUGGAAACUAAGCCAUAGGCUUCGAUGUUCACGGUGGGUUUUUAAAUGUACUUUAUUCAAUUGAUAGUUUCUGUGUUUCGAAUAAUACGAAUCCUAGAAUAAGAAAUGGCACAGCAAGAUACUGAUAUAGAUUGCGACAAAAUGAAUGAGCAAUUAAAAAGUAAAAGUAUCGAUCUGGAUACUUACAGAAAUUUGGUUAAGUCGUAUUUGGAUUUACAUCUUUACAGUGCUGCUCUUUUCUGGGCUGACAAGGUCUUAUCUUUAAGCAACGGAGAUCCAAAAGAUGUGUGUUCAUUGGCACAAUGUAUGUUUCUCAUGAAACAAUAUCAUCGAGCUGCACACCUCAUUAGGAGUCAUGGACUCGAAAAAACAGAUGUUAUGUGCCAUUAUUUGGCAGUUCGGUGCUUGCUUGAAGCAAAAGAAUUUACUGAGGCCCUUCAAAUCAUCAACGAGACUGAAAUGUGUACAAAUAUUUCACAAUCUGGAGUCAGUUAUAGUGAUCAUGCUGAUAUUCUACAAGAUGCUCCAAAAAAUGUACAGAGUUCAAUAUUGUAUGUAAAAGGAAGAGUGUAUGAAGCAAUGGACAACAGAGCAGUAUCAUCAAAUUGUUACAAACAGGCCUUACGCUGUGAUGUCCAUUCAUAUCAAGCUUUUGAGGCACUUGUACAGAAUCAAAUGCUUUCUGCAGCUGAAGAGAAGGAACUUCUUGAUUCCCUUCCUAUCAGUGAACAAUGUACAGAAGCGGAAGGCGAAUUACUACGUCUAUUGUAUGAAAGCAAACUGAAAAAGUACCAAGUUCCGACAAAAAAACAACCAUUUGCUUCAUGCAGUAUAAAGGGUAUUCUCGUUACGGAUCGUCUCCUAGAUAAUCUAGACAUGCAAGUCUCGAAGGCUGAAAGGCUAUACUAUAAUUGUGAUUAUCACAAAUGCUUCUCGCUUACGGAAAGAAUACUUAAGAAGGAUCCAUACCAUAAUUCUUGUUUACCUGUACAUAUUGCUUGUUUAGUGGAAUUGAAAAAAACUAACGCGCUAUUUUACUUAGCACAUAAACUGGUAGACUUGUAUCCUGACAUGGCGCUUGCUUGGUUUGCUGUUGGUUGCUACUACUAUGCUAUAGGUAGAAGUGAUCCGGCAAGAAGAUAUCUGGCGAAAGCAACAGCACUGGACAGAUUAUUCGGUCCAGCGUGGCUGGCGUACGGCCAUUCGUUUGCAGUAGAAAACGAACAUGAUCAGGCAAUGGCAGCAUAUUUUAAAGCUUCUCAAUUAAUGAAGGGCUGUCAUCUACCAUUGCUCUAUAUAGGUUUAGAAUGUGGCCUAACAAACAAUCUGAAACUGGCCGACAAGUUCUUCCAACAAGCACAAAGUAUAGCUCCAGAUGACCCAUUUGUUAUACACGAGAUGGCCGUUAUAUCUUUUUACAAUAUGGAAUACAAAACCGCCGAAAAGCAGUUCAAAGAAGCUAUGAAAAGAGUCCAGGGCGACCCAAAAGAUGUUGUACUUCCAAGUAAAUGGGAGGCACUGCUCAAUAAUUUGGGACACACUUGUAGAAAAAUGAAAAAAUACGAAGAGGCUUUAGAUUAUCAUCAACAGGCCAUCGUACUAAAUCCACUGAAUCCAUCGACGUAUUCAGCAAUUGGUUUCAUUUAUGCGCUGAUGGGCAAUACCCAGGAAGCCGUAGACGCGUUUCACAGGGCAUUAGGACUUCAAAGAGACGACACGUUUACUACAACCAUGUUGGGAUACGUUAUGGAACAACUUAUAGACGAAGUACCUCCUUAUCCAGGUGCCCCAGAUAAAAGUCCGGAAUACAAGUUUCCGGAAACCAGAGUAGUACCGGAAUCUACGUCAGCAUUAGAGAAUCCUGUAGCAGCUGCAACAGGCCUGCAAGAUCAAAGUAUUGAUAAAUUAAGAGUAAAUUUAUUUUCUGGAUGGGGCGAAGAUUCUGGAAAAAGUGAGGAAAACACAUCCAGCAAAAUGGAACGUAGUAAUCGGGAUCACGUAGUUGUCAAUUAUUCGACAAAUGAUAUGAGUUCCGAAGUCGAGAUGUUAGAUUCGUCUACAGCACACAUUGAAUAUAAUUAAAUUAAUUAUAAUGGCAUGA